AUGGAGACUGGUGUGAAUAUGGAUUCUACUAGUGGUGGUUGUGAUGAAAGUUAUUCCACAGACACUGGUGUAGAAGUCAGUGCUUGUGAUAUGGAAAUAUCACCUGGUAUGACUAAGUAUUGGCGUCCAAUUUGUGCCAACAGUUUGAAGCCUCAUGUUGGGCAACAGUUUGAUUCUUUGGAUAGUGCUUUUGGUUUUUAUAAACAAUAUGCUGGUUCUGUUGGUUUUGACUGUGUGAAUAUGGAUUCUACUAGUGGUGGUUGUGAUGAAAGUUAUUCCACAGACACUGGUGUAGAAGUCAGUGCUUGUGAUAUGGAAAUAUCACCUGGUAUGACUAAGUAUUGGCGUCCAAUUUGUGCCAACAGUUUGAAGCCUCAUGUUGGGCAACAGUUUGAUUCUUUGGAUAGUGCUUUUGGUUUUUAUAAACAAUAUGCUGGUUCUGUUGGUUUUGACUGUAGGCAGAGCACAACUCGAAAGGGUAGAGAUGGUGGUAUUGUGUUGAAGCAUGUUGUAUGUAGUCGUGAGGGGUUCAAGCAUAGACAUCGUAGUGAUGCGAAGAGGCGUAGGGUGUCCAGUAGGGUUGGGUGUAAGGCUAAGUUUUUAAAGGUCAAUCGCAAUCUUGAUGUUGGCCAUCAAAUUUUUGUUGCAAGUUGUGUUCGGGCAAACAUUGGCCCUACUCGGUCGUAUAGGUUAUUUAAGGAGAUUGUUGGUGAUUAUUCUAAUGUGGGGGCUACAAGUGUGGACUUUCAAAAUUUCAAACGUGAUUUAAUGGCGUACAUUUUGAAUGGUGAUGCUCAAUUGUUCAUAGAUACGCUAUUUAAAAGGCGUGAAUUGUGCGAAGCAUUUGGGUUUGAAUAUGAUGUUGAUGAGGCUGACCAGCUCUCAAGGGUGUUCUUGGCGGACACAGUAUCAAGGAAGAACUUUUCUUUGUUUGGUGAUGUUGUUUCGUUUGAUGCUACAUAUCGUACUAACAGGUAUAAUAUGGUUCUUGUCCCAUUUACUGGCAUUGAUAAUCAUAAGAGAUGCAUCACCUUUGGUGCUGGGCUACUUACGAAGGAAGACAUAGACUCAUACGUGUGGCUUUUGGAGAGUUUUAAGAAAAUUAUGGGUCAUGAUCCUAUUUGCGUUGUUACAGAUCAAGAUCCAGCUGUGAAGGUUGCCGUUGCUCAAGUGUUUGGUGCGUCAAAACACAGAUUUUGUAUGUGGCAUAUAAUGUGUAAGGUGGGAGAGAAGGUUGGACCGAUUUUAUCUAAAGACGAGGUGUUUAGGAGGAAGUUGAAUUGCAUUGUUUGGGAUAAUUCAAUUGAUCCCGAGGCCUUUGAGUUGCGAUGGAAUCAGAUUAUGGAGGAAUAUGGGUUGGGUGAUAAUGGUUGGUUUCGUUACUUGUUUGAGUCCCGUACAUUUUGGGCAUCUCCAUACUUUCAUGAUGAGUUUAUGGUGGGUUUGGUUAGGACCACAUCUAGAUCGGAGUCUCAAAACAGUUUCUUUGGUAGCUUCUCUAAUGGACAUUCUAGCUUGGUUGAAUUUUUGGUGCAUUAUGAUAGUGCUAUUGGUGCACAGCGGCAUGCCCAAGCAAAACUAAAUGCUGAUUGUGAAGCUUGUUUUCCCGUGUUGAAGACACCAUUGGCGUUGGAGCGACAUGCCAUGGGUGUUUACACAAUUUCUGUGUUUUAUGAUGUUCAAGAGGAGAUUUGUGCAGCUUGUUUUUCUUGUCAAGUGGUAUCUUUGAGUGAUUCUGAUGGCAGCGUGUCUUACAUGAUAAAAGAUGGUAACCAUCGAGCAUGGGUUGUCAAUUUAGUUUUGGAUGAUAAUUGUGCAAGGUGUUCUUGCAAGAUGUUUGAGAGGAUGGGUUUGUUGUGUAAGCAUAUCUUUUUUGUUUUUAAAGAUCGUGGUCUUGAGAGUAUUCCUUCUAGGUAUUUGGUGCAUCGGUGGACAAAGGGUGCAUGUUUGCACCCAAUAUUUGAUAUUGAUGGUAUAGUUGUUGAUCAAUCUGCGAAAGUGGAGAACGUUAGGCUGCUUACUAAUCUUAUGUGGUUUGAUAUUUAUGCUUGUGUGGGGUUGGCUGAUGGAUGGGGCCAAAGUGGGGAGUAUUCCAGCACUGGUCGUUUUCCCUUGUCCUUUGCUUGGAUUUCUGGGGGUGGUUCUGAUGAACUUCCUGGCGGGGCUUGA